ACACGUCGUAGACGCGUUCCUUAAUUCAAUUGUUUUCUUUCUCUUCUGUCCUUUCCAUAUAAAACUACAAAUCUCAAAUACCCUCUUCUACAACAACAGUCUCAUUUUCUCAGCUUCAUCUCUCCGAUUAAUUCCUAAUGUUUCCUCAGAUACCCAUUUCCAUAGUGAUCAUUUCUGCUUUCUUCUUCUUCUUUCCUAGUAAUGCAAUUCGAUCAUUUCACAGUAAAACUGAUUUCCAUGAAAGAAAGAUUGAUGGGUUUGAUUUUUCUCUGCAAUUCUUUGAAGCCCCAGAGUAUAAAAAUGGAAAUGAAUGUGCUGCUGUGAAUUGUUUGUUGCUACCUUCUAAUCCUUCGCUUGUUCAUGUAGCUAUGACACUGGAUCCUCAGUACUUGAGAGGCACAGUAGCUGCAAUCCAUUCAGUUCUCAAACAUUCUUCUUGCCCAGAAAACAUUUUCUUUCAUUUAAUUGCCUCCGAUUCAGGGCUGAUUAGUCCAAGCAAACUCAGCAAGGUUGUAGAAUCUGUAUUCCCAUUUUUGAUGUUUAAGGUCUACACCUUCAAUGAGAAUCUGGUCAAUAAUCUAAUCUCAACUUCCAUUCGUCAAGCUCUCGACAAUCCAUUGAACUACGCAAGGAGUUACUUAGCUGAUAUGCUGGAUCCCUCCAUUAAACGAGUGAUUUAUUUGGAUUCAGAUGUAAUAGUUGUUGAUGAUAUUAAAAAUCUAUGGAGGAUUCCUCUUACUGGUUCAAGAACAAUUGGGGCACCAGAAUACUGUCACGCAAACUUCAGCAAUUACUUCAACAGUGAGUUUUGGUCAGAUCCUGAGAUUUCCAGGCUUUUUGAAGGGAAGAGAGCUUGUUAUUUUAAUAGUGGGGUGAUGGUGAUGGACUUGGAGAGAUGGAGAGAAGGUGAUUACACAAGGGAUAUUGAGAAAUGGAUGAGAAUUCAGAAAGAGAAGAGGAUUUAUGAGUUGGGUUCUCUUCCACCAUUUUUGUUGGUGUUUGGUGGAGACGUUGAAGCCAUUGAUCACAGAUGGAACCAGCAUGGUCUUGGUGGGGAUAAUGUAGUUAGAAGUUGCAGGUCAUUGCAUCCAGGACCUGUGAGUUUGUUGCAUUGGAGUGGUAAAGGGAAGCCAUGGAGGAGGCUUGAUGAUAUGAAACCUUGCCCUGUUGAUUAUUUAUGGGCACCUUACGACCUUCAUAAACACCAGAGCCAUCCACACAUCCACCAUCAAAAGAGAAGGCAAAGAUGAUUAAUUUUUGUUUAUACUUGUUUGGUGGAGUAAUUCAAAUUUUUGAAAAUUUUCAGAA